UAAUAGUUACAAAUUUUCUGUUUAUGGACAAAUUUUAUACGUUUUGAAAGCGAUUUGAAACUCCUUGGCCGCCUCGAAGAUGAGGAUCGGUCCUAAGACGUACUUCGCGUUCAUUCUGCUUUUAUUUAUCGGGAUUCUGAGCUAUUUCGCCUCCUCGACAGACGAUAAGAAGCAUUCCCUGAGCGUACCAAAUUCGUAUUUAUUUGUUUCAACGAUUGAUGGCAGCAUGCAUGCAGUUCGUAAAAAGACAGGUCAUAUCAAGUGGUCAUUCAAAGAAGAUCCGGUGUUGCAAUCUAAGUUUCCGCUAAGACCAGGGUCGGUUUUCCUUCCUGAUCCUCAUGACGGAAGUCUUUACGCUUUUGGUGCCAUGCCUGAAGGACUGAAGAAAUUACCUUUUACGAUUCCUGAAUUAGUUCAGGCAUCACCAUGCAGAAGUGGCGAUGGAAUGAUGUAUAUAGGUCGUAAAUCUGAUGUCUGGUAUGCCAUUGACCCAGAAACAGGCCUUAAACUACAGACGUUAUCCAUAGAUGACUCACAAACUGUUUGCCCCAGCAUGACUAGUGGAAAGGCUCCUAUAUUCCUUGGUAGAACAGAAUACAUUGUAACAAUGUAUGAUGGUAAAACAAGAGAGAAAAGGUGGAACGCUACGUAUUUAGAAUAUGCCUCAGUUAACAAUAAGCAAAUGGAGCAUGAUAUGUUCCACUUUGCAUCCAGUUCAGAUGGUAUGUUUGUUUCAAUGGAAAUGGAUUCAGGCAAAAUCCACUGGCAAAAGAUAUUUGAUUCUCCGGUUGUUGGCAUAUACGAAUGGGACGGCGACAGCUUGAUCCAAGUUCCCAUCACGCACAUCGCUAAAGAAACGUUAAGAAAAUUAACAGACAAUAUGACUGUUGCUGAUAAAACUGGGACAAAGUUCGUGGAUUCUGGCGAGUUAUAUUUUGAUGCUACCUUGUACAUCGGUGAACACGAGGGAAGACUGUAUGCCUUACCAUCGGUGAUAGAGGAAGGAACUCAACUUAUUGAGCCCAAGGUCCCUCUCAUCGACGGGCCGCGCGAGACAUCUGCCAAACCAGCGCAGUCAAUCCAACCACAUGAUCACCUCAUCAAGAUGGUGAUUGGUGGAGAGAGUUCCAAACUGAAAAACGAGAAACAGAACAAGACUCCAGGAAAGAUUGAGGAGAAAUCAGAUACAAAGAGAGAUAAUAAGCCACGCACGAAGAAAUCCAAGGAAGAGCAAAAUACAAUCGCUGUUGGGAAUCAUAAAAUACCCCUGGAUGCUUCGCCAAGAUUCAGGAUCACCCAUCUGGCAGAUCCGUUUAUACCCAACCCAAAGUCGGCCGAAUACGAUGAUGUUCGUUAUUACGAAGACGAAGAUGAUGCUGGUGGUUUGAAGGAGAGUAAUGAAAAAGAUAAUAUGUCUCAAGAACAAGUCAUGGAGAUGUUGAAGAUGCACGAACGCUUGUUGUACACAAUUUUGGCAACCAUUGGCAUACCCCUUAUUCUUAUCGUGUUAUUCUAUAUUGAGAAGCGUACCACCGCAAAUGUCAUACCACCAGUUGAUGUACCUGGUGGUCUCACCGUGAACACACCAGAGCACGGUAACAUCAGCGCAAGUGAUGAUGAUGCUUCGUCAAGUUUGAUCACGGUUGGAAAAAUUUCCUACAACCCCAAAGAUUUACUUGGUAGGGGUUGCGAGGGGACCGCUGUGUACAAGGGGAAAUUUGAAAACAGAAGUGUCGCUGUUAAACGCAUCAUACCAGAGUGUUUCAGCUUCGCCAACAACGAGGUGGCUCUGCUACGAGAGUCAGAUGAGCAUCGAAAUGUUAUUCGCUAUUUCUGCACAGAGGAGACUCCGCAGUUUCGUUACAUUGCGAUCGAGCUGUGCGCAGCAACUGUUCAAGAGUAUGUGGAAGAUUCAACAUUUGAUCGUCACGGACUUGAACCAAUUGAGUUAUUGGAACAGACGAUGAUGGGUCUCAGUCAUCUUCACUCCUUAAACAUCGUUCAUCGUGAUAUAAAGCCGCACAACAUUCUCAUCUCGAAACCGAAUGCCAAAGGGGAAGUCAAGGCGAUGUUGUCAGAUUUUGGCCUUUGCAAGAGGCUAGCUCAUGGUCGACACUCUAUCACGUCGCAGUCUGGGGCUAUCGGUACUGAUGGAUGGAUUGCUCCCGAGAUGUUCAGACCAGAGUGUAAAAUGACACGAGCUGUGGACAUAUUUUCCGCUGGAUGUAUUUUCUACUACAUCUUGUCUGGUGGAUUGCAUCCAUUUGGUGACAGGUUCAAACAACAAGCGAACAUCAUCAACGGUGAUUUCAAUAUCGACAUGAUCAAGGAUUGUAAUGCGGGUGAAUAUACUACAAAAGAACUUCUCAAACAAAUGAUUGAAGGAGAUGCUACUAAAAGGCCGACAGUUCACAAUGUGUUGAAACAUCCGUUUUUCUGGUCUCGAGCAAAACAACUGGCAUUUUUACAGGACGUGAGCGACCGAAUAGAGAAGGAGGAUCCUAACGAGUCAUCGUUACUACAAGAGUUAGAGAAAGAAUCUAUCCGAGUGGUACGAGGCGAUUGGAAUGUACACUUAGGGAUAGAGUUACGAGGAGAUCUUCGAAGAUUUCGGAGCUAUCGGGGGGAGUUGGUGCGAGAUUUAUUGCGAGCUAUUCGUAAUAAAAAACACCAUUAUCGUGAAUUGCCCGAAGAUGUUCGGCUCUCGCUCGGCAGUGUUCCGGACGGUUACGUGAAAUAUUUCACGUCUCGUUUUCCACGUUUAAUCAUGCACACGUACAACGUGGUAAAACCUUACAAACACGAACCUGUAUUUGAAUCGUAUUACGAUCUCAGACCUGACACGAACGAUAAUGUCAAAAAAGCCGCGGAGAAAGUUUCGUAAUUUAUGCCUUUCGGUGUAUCCUUGGGAAACAGAAAAGCUAAGAAAAUGUGCUCCUUGGUAAAUUUGGAGUUUCAAAAAGGCAUUCAAAACCCUUUUGAUAGAUACGAAGAACCACUGAACCAGAGAUUCUGGUAUAUGCACAGAAGGUGAAAGCUGUAGAAUUUGGAAAGCACUGCAGUCAAGUGACAGGAUUUUGGAUGUAUUUGAUGACAGGUCUUGAGAGAUGUUUAUUUAAUGUGGAAACCUGGAAGCGACUAUUUAUCAAAGGAUUAGAAGAGAACUGGAAUUCCUGGCUGUUGGAGGAAUGGUAUUGCCUUCCAACGCUUGUGGCGGAACUAGCUGCGGGCUUGAAGCUACCCUGCAGGCUUGAAGCUACCCUGCGGGCAUCCAUGCGGGCUUGAAGCUACCCUGCAGGCUUGAAGCUAUCCUGCAGGCUUGAAGCUACCCUGCAGGCUUGAAGAUACCCUGCAGGCGUGAAGAUACCCUGCAGGCUUGAAGCUAGCAUCAUCAUGAAUUUCAUGAAUGCUUAUUACCAAAGCCAGAACAAUGUAAAAUAUUUUUAUGACAGAAUAUGCAAUUUUCUCGAGGCAUUCGAGGACUGCUUGCCAUUUGAUCGUCCCCAGGACGACCUGUGGCAGAUGUGGAAGAAAAUAUUGUCAUUAUUUAAACUAGACUAUUUCACAUCUCCUAUAUGUCACUAGUAAAUAGCGACUACUAGUAACGACUAACGACCAAAUGGCAACCAGAAUUUAGAUCGUACGCACGUAGCUUUUAACACAAUCACGCUCACAAAAAACAAGGUAGAAAAUAAAAUAAAAUUCCUCGUACAUAAAAUUAUUGAAGCCCUCGCGUGAAC